UAUUUUAUUUAUAUGUAGGACUUUGUGCCUAUCCUACAUUAAAAAAAAGGAAAUGUCAAAAAAAAAAUUUAAAAAUAGAAAAUAAAAAUGUGCAAUUUAAUGAUCGAGUUGGAGAGCAAUAUGUGAGGUUUCGUUAAUGGUGGUGUGAAGCAAGCACAAGGAAGAGGUAGAGAGUCUUCUUGACUCUUGAGAGUUGAGCCGCAACAUUAACAUCAUACGUACCUAUUAAUCUUUUAUCUUCCUUUCAUUAUUCAAAUUUCAUCUUUCAAUCCUUUGAAUCUCAUCAAAGAAGAAGAAAACUACUUCAAAUGGUCGGUCCCAAGAUCUCUUCUACUCCUUCUCACCCUAAAUCCGACGCCAUUUCUAAAGGCUACGACUUUACUUGCUUUUGGGAACAGAAUGCUCCAUUGAAUGAGCAGCAGCAAGCAGCAAUUGUUGCCUUAUCUCAUGCUGUCUCUGAGCGUCCAUUUCCACCCAAUUUGGUGCAAGACCGAAUGCCAGGGCAGGAACAUGGGUUAUCUAUUACUACCCAGGAUGGUGUUGCUGAUAAUUCUGCUGCUAUUGAGGCUGUUUUGGUUAACACUAAUCAGUUCUAUAAAUGGUUUACAGACCUUGAGGCUGCAAUGAAAUCAGAGACAGAGGAAAAGUAUAGACAUUAUGUGGAUACUCUGAUACAGCGUAUACAAACUUGCGAUGGUAUACUUCAACAGAUCGAUGAUACCCUUGAGCUUUUUAAUGAACUACAGCUUCAGCAUCAAGCAGUGGAAACUAAGACUAAAACUCUUCAUGAUGCAUGUGAUAGGCUGCUAGUGGAAAAGCAGAGAUUGAUUGAAUUUGCAGAUGCACUUCGAAGUAAGCUGAGCUACUUUGAUGAAUUGGAAAAUAUUUCGACAAGCUUUUAUUCCCCAAGCAUGAAUGUUGCAAAUCAGGACUUUCUUCCUUUGCUGAAGCGAUUAGAUGACUGCAUAUCAUAUGUUGAGAGCAACCCCCAAUAUGCAGAAUCCAGUGUGUAUUUAGUCAAAUUCCGACAGCUCCAGUCACGAGCACUGAAUACAAUAAGGUCCCAUGUCCAGUCAGUUCUCAAAAAUGCAUCAUCUCAGGUUCACAGUGCUAUGCAGGACAUUGGUGGAAGUAAACCUGCUGUUUCUGAAGGUGUCGAAGCAUCUGUUAUCUAUGUCCGUUUCAAGGCUGCGGCAAGUGAGCUUAAGCUUGUGUUGAAGGAAAUUGAAAGUAGAUCUUCGCGGAGAGAAUACUCCCAGUUACUUACAGAAUGCCACAAGUUGUACAGUGAGCAGCGACUUGCCUUGUUGAAAGGAAUUGUGCAGCAGCGGAUAUCUGAUUUCUCUAAGAAAGAGGCCUUGCCAUCAUUGACUCGAUCUGGGUGUGCGUACUUGGCACAGGUUUAUCAGCUGGAACACCAACUUUUUAGUCAUUUUUUCCCUGCUUCUUCAGAGGAUGUUUCAAGUUUGGCUCCUCUGAUAGAUCCUCUGUGCACUUUCUUGUAUGAUACUCUUCGCCCAAAAUUCAUUCAUGAAACAAAUAUUGAUUUUCUCUGUGAACUUGUCGAUGUGCUGAAAGUUGAGGUCCUUGGAGAGCAGCUCAGUAGACGAAGUGAAUCAUUAGCUGGUUUGCGACCAACUUUUGAGAGAAUUUUGGCUGAUGUACAUGAGCGACUAACUUUUCGUGCUCGGACACAUAUUCGUGAUGAAAUAGCAAAUUAUUUUCCCCUGAAUGAAGACUUGGAUUAUCCUGCAAAGCUGGAACAAUCUCCUGAGAAAGAAGAAGCUCAAACUAGUGAAGAGAAUCAGGAUGUUUUCAAAACAUGGUACCCACCCUUGGAAAAGACUCUGUCACUGCUGUCAAAAUUAUAUCGUUGUUUAGAACCAGAAGUUUUUACUGGUCUGGCACAGGAAGCUGUGGAAGUCUGCUCAUUAUCUAUUCAAAAAGCAAGUAAGCUCAUAUCUCAGAGAUCGUCAUCAAUGGAUGGGCAACUUUUCCUGAUAAAACAUCUUCUUGUCUUAAGAGAGCAGAUUGCACCAUUUGAUAUAGAAUUUUCUGUCACACAUAAGGAGCUCGAUUUCUCUCAUUUGCUGGAUCAUCUUAGACGGCUUUUUAGAGGACAGGCAUCUCUGUUUGAUUGGUCAAGAUCAUCUUCUUUAGCAAGGAACUUUUCCCCACGAGUUUUGGAAAGUCAAGUAGAUGCUAAGAAGGAGUUGGAAAAAAUUCUUAAAUCCACAUGUGAAGAAUUCAUAAUGUCAGUUACAAAGCUAAUAGUGGACCCUUUGCUUUCAUUUGUGGCCAAGGUGACGGCUGUAAAAGUUGCAUUUUCUUCUGGCAGUCCAAGUCAAAAACUUGAGAAUGUCAUGGUAAAACCAUUGAAGGAGCAAGCUUUUGCAACUCCAGAAAAGGUGUCUGAACUAGUUCAAAAGGUUAGCUCCACGAUGCAGAAUGAGUUACCAAAUGUGAUAAACAAGAUGAAGCUUUAUCUCCUCAAUCCUUCGACCAGGACAAUACUUUUCAAGCCAAUUAAGACAAAUAUUUUGGAAGCUCAUACCCAAGUAGAAUCACUUCUAAAAUCAGAGUACUCUACAAAUGACAUAGAAAACAUCAAUAUGGUCUCGAUACUGGAUUUACAGGCACAACUUGACAGCCUUCUUUAGGUCUCUCUGGGCAUUUACGUCAAACUAAUUGGGGCUCUUCAUUUCAAAGAUUGAUGAUUCGUUGUUCGUUCACAAACAUAAGUAUACAUGUCUUGAAUUCUAUUGUAAAUCUGUGGACGUUUUCCUCUUGUUUUGGAUGGGAUGUGUAUUUUCUAGUCUAAUUCUUUUUAAGUUUUAUCUUUUGCUAUAUGAGUAGACAAGAUUUGUACCAACAAGUAUAUCUUCUGCAAAAUUCAUUAGAGCUUAAUUCUUUUUGUUUCA